AGAGGGAAGACAGCACAUAUCCAAUUGGCUCUUUACUGAGACUUCAGCUCAACAGAACUACUACUGCUAUAUCCAUUGGCACCCACUAUGAUUAGACAGGUGGCUAACCCUAAGCAGCACCUCUCACUUACUAAGAUAAGGAAGCCAGUGGUGGAGAAGAUGCGUAGGGAUCGCAUCAACACCAGCAUCGAGCAGCUCAAGUCCCUCCUGGGUCCCGAGUUCCUCCGCCAGCAGCCCGACUCCAAGCAGGAGAAGGCCGACAUCUUAGAGAUGACUGUCUAUUUCCUGAGCCGCCAGCAGCAGGCAGGAAGUUCCUCCACUGCAGCAGCCAAUGAGGGCUACUCUCGCUGUGUGCAGGACGCUGUCAGCUUCCUGUCUCAGUGUGAGGUGAAGACACAGUCCUACAGCUCGCUGUUGAGCCACUUUCAGAGCCUGCAGACAUCCAGCCAACACAGUCAGGCUCCCUGGUCCUUCUCCCCGCCGGGCUCCCCAGUCCACCAGGCCACCACCAAGGGUGUGAUGUGCCCCGUCUCCCAUCCACUCUGGAGGCCCUGGUAAAGCAAUGCUUCAGACUUUUUCAUGUCAGACAAACGGAAUUGGACAGGCCAGUCUAUAUUAUGACAGGCAUGGACAGUGAUGUUCGGAGUGACGGAGGUCUAAUUCUUUUGCAUUUGGCAAGAGAUGCUACGUCGAUAGUUUUCAUCCAGAUGAAGCAAGGGCAUAUUUUGCCAGUAUUCCUUUGAAAGGAAGGAUUCUAUGAAAUGAUUCAGAUUGGUUUGGAUACAUACUCUGUAUAUGAAAAUGUACACUGAAUUAAUAGUGUUACUAUUAUGCAUGUUCUUGUCUGAGAACGAUAACUCUGAAAAUACAAACAGAGUUAAAUUAUGCUAAUAACAUACUUUUAUUGUAUGUCUAACCCAUAAUGGGUUGCUACUGUUUAUUUGGUGUCAGUGACACCACCUGUUUUUUUGCAUUUAAAAAAAAAAACAAUUUACAAUGAAUUGUCACAAUGAUACAAUGUAUCAAUUUGGUGAUGUAUGAAUAUUAUGCUUCAAAUGGAUCCAAGGAAUCUACUUUAAAUGUACAUCAUGUCAUGAUUAUGUAAAAUGUAUGUUAUUAAUAAUACAUAAUACUGGGGUAGAUGAGCUACAAUGUUCAAGGAAAAUGCUAAAAUGUUCAUUCUAACUUCAAAGAGACACCAUUCAUAAAGUGAUGUUGUGCAUUCAACACGAGUUUGUGUAAGUUUGUUUGUUUGCCUUUAUUGAUUUAAAUUACACUAUUUGGAGUGACAUGUCAUAAAGCUUUUGAAAAUAAAUGAACUUCAAUUGAAGUUUCUCAACAUUGA